CAGGUGAUGUAUAACCACCCUGUUUUCUUUCUUUUAAUUUUUUCUUUCAUCAGGUGGCUGAUUAUUUCUCUGCUGUUCAUCUCGCCUGGUGCUUCUUCUCUAACGGUGGAGGGACGAAAGGGCGGCAAUAUUACUCUGCCGUGCAGUUUGACGAACAGAGAGGAUUUAACUACUGUUCUGACAUUUGGGCCCAUAAAGGCUUAUGGUGCCCAUCAGGAUAAAUGGUACAAGGACCGUGUGCACAAGACUGGGAGUUGCAAUCUCAUUCUACAAGACUUGAAGACCACUGAUGCUGGAAAGUACGUCUCUCAAGUUUUUGCCAACGGUCAACUACUCAACAUCUACACUUAUGACGUCCAUCUUAAAGUUACUUUAACAGGACAGAAGGGCGAAGAGCUGAUGUUUGAGCUUCCACGUGAGGCUGAGAGCGUUGAACAAAUUACAGACACAAACUCGAAAGAGGUGUGGAGGCGUGGAGAGGGUGUCCCGACUGACUGGCUGAGCACUGAAAGCUUCUCAUCCAGUGACACUGGAACAUACAGAGUCCUGAACUCAACAGGAGGAAUCCUCGUCACUGUGACGGUCACAGAGUCGAGUACUGGCUUGAUGGACAGAAUGGACCACACACACGAGGACGAACCUCAUGACAGGGAGCGAGUUCAUGUUUGUGUUGGGAUUGGGUUUGGGGUUCUGGUGGCUCUGAUUGUGUUUGUUGUCAUCAUGAACCAUCGGUGUCGGAACAGGAACGAGGAACGCAAUUCCUACCAAGAGGUCCAACUGAAAGAAACCGUACAGGGGCCCAGAUCACCGAACAACAGCAGUGGUUGCUUAGUUUGCCUUCAGUGCCAACAGAUCUGCAGAGGAUCCUGCCAACAUAUCAUUCCUGACUCAGUCAGUUGAUGAAAUGUCUCCACCUCCUCCAUGUUUUUUCAUGGAUUUUCAGACUAGUAGAAAGAAAACAUCCAAAAAAACACUGUUUCUUUUAUAGCACUUUAUCUAUUUGUCACUGCUUUGUUUAUCCGCCAUACUUGUAAGAUAGUGCUGCCUUUCCGCUAUUGAGUUUAGGCAGGGCAUUUGCAACUGAAAACUACUGCGUGCGAGCUUCAAAGGCGAUAGAGGCUAUUUAAAUAAAUAGCAUAUCACUAAAAAAUACUGCUAUUUUCACUUAGCGCAAAUAGCUUUAGAUUCUAUUUAUUCUGUGUUAAAAUAGCAGGAUAUUCUGCUAAUUACUUAUUGCAAAUAGUGGCAAUUAUCUGCACCUCUGCAUUGUAAUACAUUAAAAAAUUACACUCAAUAAGUUAUUGCAUACUGCUUUAUCAUUUUAUUAGUAAAUGGAUACCACCUUAUUGGGACAAAAGCCUCUCAAUAAAAGAAUCAAUUCUUUGUGUUUUUUGAAAGAUUUGAUUUUGUUGUUUUAAUAAUUAACAUUACCUUCUUUGCUAGUAUGACUCUCACUACUGUAGGGGAAUUUACAGUAAAGACCCUCGGACCAGGUGUGUUGAAUGAAGACCAGAAGUCAAGAGAUUCGAUCAAAAAUGAAUAAAACUUACUUAAGAUAGUUUAUAUUCAGGACUGGUAGCAAUGUAUUUUCAUUAACUUUUAACAUAAUUUCAUUGUACUAUCAUUUUACUCUAGCCCAGCUUAAAACUUGUCAGAAAUGGCAUGCCUUUUCAAAUAAACAUCUUUCUUUUUACUUUA